AUGAAAGACCAAGAAGAAGGCGAAAACGAAGAAGAGGUCAAUAAGAUUAAAGAAGUAGGCUACAAAAUAGUAGAGGACUCUCCUAAAGGCCGAUUUUCAAGAGUAACCCUUAAGUAGUUCAAUGAAGAAAUUGGCAGUGGUGCAUACAAAACUGUUUAUCGAGCCAUUGAUAAUGACACAGGCUGCGAAGUUGCAUGAAACGUGGUUAAAACAGGAGGCAUGAGCAAAAUCGAAAAAGAAAAAGUCCGCGACGAAAUAAUGAUGAUUCAAAAAUUGAUGCAUCCAAACAUCAUCCAUUUCAUUAAGGCAUGACACAAUAAAGAAAGAGAAGAAGUCAUAUUUAUUACUGAAAUCAUGACAGGAGGCUCUUUGAAGCAAUACUUGAAAAAAAUCAGGUCACCGCAUUUAAGAGUUAUUAAGCAGUGAUGCAGAGACAUUUUAAACGGUUUACAUUAUUUGCAUACUCAAAAACCAUACCCAGUCAUACAUAGAGAUCUAAAAUGUGAUAAUAUUUUUGUGAGCUCUAGUACUGGGGAUAUCAGAAUUGGAGAUUUGGGGUUGUCGACAUUUAUGAGGACUUCUCAUAAUAAGACUGUCUUAGGGACUCCUCAAUAUAUGGCCCCUGAGUUGUUUGAAGAAAGAUAUGGGCCAACGGUGGAUAUUUAUUCAUUUGGUCUAUGUUUAUUAGAAAUGUGCACGCACUCAAUACCUUAUUCUGAAUGCAAAACCCCAGUAGAAGUUUAUAGAAAAGUCACUAACGGGAUUAAGCCAUUGGUACUUGAAAGAAUCAUGGAUAAAGAAGUCAAGGAAUUCAUUGAAUUAUGCUUAGCUCCUGUUGAUCAACGACCGUACGCAGAGGAGUUAUUAGCACAUCCAUUUAUUGUGAUUGAUGAAAAUGAUGAUAGAGUUCAUCAGCCUAUACAGCUUAGACCUGAAGAACUUUCUACUCAGAAAAGUAUAGAAAUAGACACACCAAUUAUUCAUGAUAAAGAAAGCGAAGAAAUAAAAGCAGAGUCUCCUCCAUCUCAGCCUAGUCAAAAGCCUAUAAUAAACAAUGAAAAAGAAGAAGUUAAAAACCCUCCUCCACGUGCAGUCGAACAGAGGGCUACUGAACCUCCUUCUGCUCUAAAAGAAGCACCAGCAACCUUAAGCAAAGCAGGCAGCAAAGAGCCUAUAAAAGAAACACCGACCUUGAGCCGAGCAGGCAGCAAAGAGCCUAUAAAAGAAAGAGAUCCGCCACCUGCUAAUUUAAGCAGAGCUAAUAGCAGAGAACCAACAAAAGAAAAAGAGACACCAGCCGCUUUAAGUAGGGCGAGCAGCAGAGAUGAUAGGAGAAGCAUACCUCCAACAGACUUCAUCAACUUAUCAAAAAUUGAAAAUCUCCCUCAAGACCCCCAAGAAACAGAAAUGACCUUAUCAAUUAACAUCGGAAGCAAAGACGCAGUUACUGGAAAAAUCAACCGCAUUAGGCUGGAUUUCGUAUUCAACCUUAACACAGACACCCCAGAAGGCGUAGCAGAAGAAAUGGCUUCUACCUUUAACCUUCGUCCUUCCUUUAUACCUAAGAUUGCUCAAGUUAUCCGCGAAAAGAUUGAUCACUGCAACGAGGACUCGACAGUUUACACUCCUAUAAGUUCUGGAAUGGGCUCUCGUAACAGCAGCUUUGAAAAUAUCGUCAGAGACUUCAAAUCAUAUGGAAUCCCAAGUCCUUCAUUUUCUAGCGGCAACACAUCCCCUAUCGAAAUCCAAGCCAAAGAUUCACAACACAGAGAACAUAUGAAAAGCUUGAUGAACGAAAUGAAUGAAAGGCAGCUUAUACAAAUCCCACCCUUCAAAAAUAAUAUUUCAAGGGCAAAACAAGAUAACGACCCUGAAGACAUAAAACUUGUACAAAUGGCUUUAAACAGCUCACUAGGGACUAGACAUAAGGCAGACGGGAUUUUUGGCAAGAAGACAGAAGCACUGGUGAAGAGGUUCCAAGAAGAAGCAGGGAUGCUGGUAAAUGGGGUUGUAAAUAAAACAGUGUGGGACCAGCUUAUGAUGAACUAUGAAAGGAAAAAGAGAUGGGAAAAAGAGCAAGCGAGGGAAAGCAGCGAAAGAAGAAAAGCCAACUCCAUUUCUUUUAGACAAAACUCUCAAAAUGGAGGAGACAUCGCUCAUCAAAUAGCUGAUCCGUGAAUGCUAGAUACAAUGCUAUCUUAA